GGCUGCGUUCUAUCUCUCAAUAGGGAAGCGCUGCGUUUGACUGCCUUCGCUGUGUCCAUGUAUAUGAAGUGAGUGAGAGACAAGACGGGGCUCUCUCUCACUCUAUCUCCUCCUGGCUGGUUCGGCUCGGCUUCACCCUCUAUUUGCAAUAUUUGUGCUGGGAAACUUUCUCGCCUACAUUGAACCAUUUUGUUUUGAAGGAACUCUAUAUUUUUUUUGGCAAAAAAAAAAGAUAAGAGACAUUCUGAACAAUUACGGUCACAGCCAGGCAGCAUGGAUGUUCUACCGAGGUGCAGCAUUUUCCAAGAGCUUCAGAUUGUGCACGACACGGGCUACUUUUCAGGACUGGCAUCACUUGAAGAAUAUUGGCAGCAGGUGAAUACAUGCCUGGAGUUGGAACGGUACCUUCAAAGUGAGCCCUACGUUUCAGCUUCUGAGUUUAGAUUCGAUGGACAGGAUGACCUCUUGAGCAAAAUCAUGAUGGUCUGUGGGGACAAGGAUGAAACGGACAAGAAGAAUGGAAACUUGUUGGAGGAGGAGACCCAGGAGAGUCAGAACCUGGAGACCAACAGCUUGAGCUCAGAUGUAAGCAGCGAAUCUCUGGACAGCUCUGAGGAACUUUCGCCCACGGUAACCUAUACCUCAAAUCCCUUGAAUACGGUCCUGGUGAACUCUGAAAAUGUAAACUCUCCAGUUCUUUCCACUCCUCCCUCGUCCCCAGAACCAGCCAAGGAGUCUUCUCCCCAGCCCUGGAGCAACCCGCCAGCCAACAUUCCUGAGCUGAACGCUGUUAAAAUUCGUGGUGGAAACGCUACAAAAUCCUUGGAAAAAUCUAGCCCGGUUAAUGGCGAGACAUCACCCGAUGGCAGGAGAAGGGUCCAUUGGUGUCAGUUCAAUGGAUGUAUGAAAGUUUACACCAAAAGUUCACAUCUAAAAGCACAUCAGCGUACUCACACAGGUGAAAAGCCUUACAGGUGUUCGUGGGAAGGCUGUGAAUGGCGAUUUGCACGGAGUGACGAGCUUACAAGGCACUUCAGGAAACACACUGGGGCGAAACCGUUUAAAUGUACUCAUUGUGACAGGUGUUUCUCUAGGUCUGACCACCUGGCCCUUCACAUGAAGAGACACAUCUGAGAGAGUCCAGAGUACAAGUCGGAUGGCGAUUCAGCUUCACUAUUGGACUGCCACACGAGGAGGAACGUAUGCUCCAGACAAAGCAUGCCAUUUUGCACCCUACCCAGUAUCCUCCAGGAUCUUAUUUUGUCAGGGUGUUCUCAAAGACCGUGAGAGUGAGAGGCAGCAUAGCGACUGUGAUGGACGGCAUCUGGUUAACCUUCCUGGAUGCAUACAUUGGCACCUAACCUUGCGAGUGGCUGCCCGAGCCCCCUGCUGUGAGCAUGUGCACUGAGAACAUGGUUGACUAGGGUUGAUUGUAUGAUGAGGAAACCAAUGAUUAUUUUCUUGUGGUGAGGUAAGAGUGCUUUAAAGUGGGCUGGAUGAGUGUGUGUGAGCGAGAGAGAGAGAGCGAGAGAGAGAGAGCGGACGAAAGAGAACAGUCAAGAGAGGGACGUGCCUGGAGAUGGGAUAACCGCCAAAUGUCUUUGCUGUUCCAUGCCUUAAGCAAGGCACUGAAUCUGGACAGGAGACCCACCCCUUUCCCGUGUGAGAGGAGCUUUUGGUGUCUGGUGCAGCUGAUAAAUGUGCAAUGUGUCGAGUAGCCUUGUUCACUUGCUACAAAAAAAAAAGCUAAUUUGUAAUCCAUUGUAUAAGCUGUGUAUUAAGGAUAUAACACAACUAUAACUUUCAUGAUAAACAGAAAGGUGUUGCAUGAUUCUGGGGAUUGUACACUUUUCUUUCUUUGUAAUUGGGGACUGCAAUUUGAUUCCAAUGAUGUGCAGUUUAAAGGAGAAAAAAAAAAAAGAUCGGUCUGGGCGAAUGUUACAUAGAGUAAAGGAAGCCUCGACUUUUUUUGGUUGAAUACCACUAUAGCUUAGCAACUGAUUUACUUAAGCAGCUAAUUUUGGUCUUUUUAUUUAUGCCUGAGGACUAAUUUCUGGUUUCUAAAUGUUAAUGCACUGUUGACAUGAAAUAAUGGUGCCUUAUGAAAGUGACCUUGCUGCAGUAAGUGUAGCACUCUCAUGUGGGUCACCAGACAGGGGGGUGUGGGUGACUUGGGCUCCAUUAAGGCUCCCUAUCACGUGAUCUUGUAUUCUAUGCCUCUUUCUGUCUUUGACAUGGAAACAAUAAUAAAAAAAUACUUUUCUUUAAUUUUCUGAGUACAAAAUGCCAAUUUUUGUCUACCCAAGUAUUAAAUAUUAGUUUUAUUUUUUUAUUUUUGACUGAAUAUAAUGUAUUAAAAUGAUCUAUUGAGUAUAUAGUAAUUUCAUUGAAGGUGUUCUUUUUAUAUUAUAUUAAAAAAAAAAAUUAUAUUGAUGUGCUGUCAAGGUAACACAUUCCUAGUACUCUUGAGCAUUAAAGAUGACCAUGAUAAAUCGCUUGGCUGUAAAGCACUGUUAAUUCUGAAAAAGCAUCUUCACUUUAACCCUAAUGCAGUAAAAUGGAAGAUUUAUAAUGGUUAACAGUGACAUUGGAGGGACUCCAGCAUGGGAUGAAUCAGAUAAAGUGGCUCAUUGGGCCCUUUACUAGCAUUAAUUUCCUUUUGUUAGCCUGCUGAUUCGGCACAUUAGAUAUUGAGCUGUCUGUGGAGUGCAAUAUCUUAAUUUGACCCAAUGGGCCGGCUGAGAUGCAUUUCAGCAGGCAAGUGAAAUGCGAUUGCUGGGGUUGCAAAUAUAGUCGGAAAGCCAUUGUGUUUCACAGUUGUGAAGGCUGACGAGAAAAAAACGCUGACUGAAUUUUAAUCGCCUGGGUGUAUUUUAAAAACGCACAAAAGUCCUUGAACAUCAGGAGCUGCUGCUGAUUAAAUUGUUGGAUUCAGUGUGGACUUUGGUGGUGCUGAUGGAGAGGAAUUAAGAGGGUGGAUGUUACUAUAAAUGUUUACACAAACACAUGGUUUUUGAGGGCAGAGACAUGAAAACUUUCCCUUCUAUGCAUUUUUUUAUUUGCCAAAAACCAUAGAGGCAGCUGCUUUUUGAAGACAAUUUACAGCAUUUUUUAAAAAAACUCGGCAUGUGUAUGCAGUGCUCUACCUAGUUGUAACAAGCCACUAGAUAUGAAUGCCAUUGACAGAAAGUAAAACAAAACUUGAAUCAGCUUGUGCUUUUUAAUGCAAUAUGUAUAAAAAUUAUGGUUGAAUUCACUGGAAGAAAGGUUAGGCCAUGUACUAUUUUUCUAUUAACUAGCCAAUGAACAGUGUCUGCACUGUUCUGUGGAUAAUGGAGCCUUAAUGAAACCAUAUGACCUUGGGUUGCAAUUAAAAUUGGUCUUAUUAUUGAUGUUUCACAUUUCUUUUUAAAAGCCCUGUUUAUCUCCAACCUCUUUGUAAAAUUUUGUUAUUUGAAAUCUUUUUACAAGGUUUUAUUUGAAAUUGUUUUUUGCAAGAUUGUUAUAUUUCUGUAUGAAUGUAUUUUUUAUUGUAAAACAAUGGAAAAUUCUUAACAGAA